AUGGACCAGCUGCGCAAAGAAGCCCGCGAGGCUCUUCAGCGCAAUCCUUGGAAGCGACCGGAUUUCUUGCGGGCCGCCUGGACCGCAGUAGCACAGAGGGGGCUGCCCGAGCUGUGGGAGGAUGUGUCAUCCCACGAUAGCACCACCCAUCAGGACGUAUGUGAGAGCCUUUAUACGGCCUUCUGCUUUGUCGAUGCCUGGGACCCAUUGCUACCAAACGAUGGAGGGCCCAAGAACCUGAACGAGACCGAGGCCCAGGCCGUCCGGAACCUGUUUAAAUGGGCCAGUCAACUUGCACUGCCGUCGCCAGCAUUUGCAGCAGGCUUUGACGAGCAUGCCGAGACCACAGAAGAAACCCCGAAGAAGCAAGAAGAGAGCCGGCUUAGGUCAGAACUGGCCAUUCAGCUCAUUCUGCAACUGUCCGCAAAAGCCAUUUUGGGUUUGACCGAUCGUUCUGUUGCCGGCUCUCCAGAUGUCGUCUUAGCAGCAGCCUGCUUCACCUCGGAGAAAGACCCAUGGACGACGAGUGACAGCCAUGCCGAGGCUUCCAUGCACCUCGAUGUGACUCUUCAAUACGGCCAGUGGGUAAUCAUUGAGCAGCUACUUAAGGAGAAAAUUAGGCCGCUGUUCACCAAGGCCAAGAACCCUGCGAUCACGAGCGAAGGCCGCAAGAACUUUCACCCUGUGCCUCUCAGUCGGUUUGAUGGGAGUACGCUGGAUGAUGAGAUGAAGCCCUGGAAGAAUAGUGACAUAUAUGCCACAAGACCCACCGACAAAGUGCAUCUGGAAGCACAGUUUCCUCUCCUCGUGCCUGCAAUUCUGGCAUUGAUCGAUGACAACAGUAUCACAUUCAAGAAGAUAGGGUGUGAGCUCUUCAGCAAACUUCUGAAGACCAUCCAUCGGAGCAACUCCGACAUUCUUGUGCGGACAAACCUGACCUCCGUCUUUGAGGAUGCCAUCACGCCCUGUCUUCUCUCUCUACCCACCAUUACCCCGGAGGACAGCUCCAUGCAGUUGCUCGGUGCAGCUUACCCAACACUCCUAUCGCUCUUCCAGACGGUAUACAAAACGCCAACACCCAAAAAAACGAAAGAUCAGAACGAAAAGGAUAAAGAAACUUACGCAGCUAAACUGACAACGAUCCUUCGGUCGAAUCUCAUCUCCUCCUUCCAUCACAUCAGUUCCUCGACCCCAGCAGCUAUCUCUACCUCUGCCUCUUUCCCCCACCCCCGUCUCUCAACUUUCUUGCUAGAAUGGAUCGCCACGUUUGUGAAGGAGCUCGGAAUCAAGACGACAAAAUAUCUACAAGAUAUCAUUCCGAUCCUCUAUACUACGCUCUCGAACCCUUUCGGGACAGCUCACCUCCCUCUACUUUCUGCUGCAGUAUCAGCCACAAAGGUUGUGAUCCUUAACGCGCAUCCCCGCAUCUGGAGAUGGCGUGGCGAGAUCCUGGGAGGACUGAGUGCAUGCUGGCUCCAUAUAGUCGCUGAGCAAAAGGAGAAAGUGAAGGACUCGCCGUCCGUGGCCGAGCUAUUGAAAAUACGCCGGGAGCUGCAGAGCGCAGUGUUCUUACUGAAACAUGCGCUGCAGAACCCCGUUGCUGUGGUCAACGAUGUCCCGGAUGCAGAUCAGAUGCUUGCGAAAGAAAGCAUGCAGCAGGAGGUAAAGGAGCUUGUGGAAGCGGAUAGUGAGUUGGAGGGCCUUCUUCUUGCUGAUGUCAAGUCAUGA